AUGGCUGCAUUUACUGAAGAACAACUUCGAAAAGAAUUCCGUCGUGUUGAUAAAGAUAAUGAUGGUAGUAUAACUGUUGAAGAAUUAAAAAAAUAUUAUCUACCAAUGCAAGAAAUGCUUGGUGUCAAACCUGAAGUUGCCGAACAAGAAAUUAAAGGUUUACUUAAACGACUUGAUGUUGACAAUAGUGGAACAAUUAGUUUUGAAGAAUUCAAAAUGUUUUGCACAAGUCAUACACUCUAA